UUGUGUGCAAAUGUGCGCUAAACCCCUCCAGAUAUGAAGGCGUCAAUGUGUCCGUGCGCUCGUGAGGGUUUGCAUUGGGGGAGGGGACCCCUGCGCAUCACUAAGUGUGUGUGGAUGGCGUGGGCUUCUCUCCUCCUAACCGCACAGCAUCAUCGCUCGGUUCACAGCGAAGACUCGUAGGCAUCAUCAUCAUCAUCCUCCUCCUCAUCGUCAUCACCACCAUCUCCGGGCUGAAGAGGGAUCACAUCGCAGGAAUAAAGACAUAAGAGGAGCCUGUUGUCAGUCGCGUGACUGACAGCUUUUUAAGUCUGUGAGGUGUAUCCUGAACACACUGAAGCUUCAGGUGGCCUCUCCUCUAAAUCUUUAACCACUUUUGCAUCUUCUGAACCUCUUUAAAAUGGAGGACGGCUACCAAAACCGGACUGCCUUCAUAAAAGGCGCCAAAGACAUUGCCAAAGAAGUCAAACGGCAAGCAUCUAAGAAGGUCGGCCGUUCAGUGGAUCGGGUGAGCGAUCAGUACAGCAAGCGCUCCUACAACCGGUUUGAAGAGGAUGAUGAUGAUGACUACCCCACUCAGGGAAGCCAGGAUGGAGGUUAUUACCGCGGAGACAGCCAGGCGGCCAAUGACGAUGAGGGCGGCCACAGUGACUCCACAGAGGGUCACGACGAGGAUGAUGAGAUCUACGAGGGUGAGUACCAAGGAAUUCCCCGGGCUGAAUCUGGCAAGGCCAGCCUGGCUGGAGGUCCGGGCUCGGUGACGGCCGGCGCUCAGCAAUUCACAGAUAUCGGAGCGUCCGAGGCAGAGAGGAGGAAAGACCAGGAAGAGCUCGCUCAACAGUACGAGACCAUUUUACAAGAAUGUGGUCACGGGAAGUUCCAGUGGAGCCUGUACUUUGUGCUGGGGCUGGCUCUCAUGGCAGACGGUGUGGAGAUCUUCGUGGUUGGGUUCGUCCUGCCCAGCGCUGAGAAGGAUAUGUGCCUGUCUGAACCUAACAAAAGCAUGCUAGGUCUGAUUGUGUAUUUUGGGAUGAUGGUUGGGGCUUUCCUCUGGGGGGCUCUGGCUGACCGGAUAGGCCGUCGGCAGUCUCUUCUCAUCUCUCUCUCCAUCAAUAGUGUCUUCUCAUUCUUCUCCUCCUUCGUUCAGGGCUACAGCACCUUUCUGUUUUGCCGACUCCUCUCAGGUGUUGGGAUUGGUGGCUCGAUUCCCAUUGUGUUUUCCUACUAUUCUGAAUUUCUGUCCCAAGAGAAGCGCGGUGAGCACCUCAGUUGGCUCUGCAUGUUCUGGAUGAUUGGGGGAAUAUACGCAUCGGCAAUGGCCUGGGCUAUAAUCCCACAUUAUGGAUGGAGUUUCCAGAUGGGCUCGGCAUAUCAGUUCCAUAGCUGGCGUGUGUUUGUGUUAGUGUGCGCAUUUCCUUCUGUGGCAGCCAUUGCUUCCCUCAGUGCCAUGCCAGAGAGCCCACGCUUCUACUUAGAGAAUGGCAAACAUGAUGAAGGAUGGAUGAUUCUGAAGCAAGUUCACGACACUAACAUGCGAGCGAAGGGACACCCAGAGAAGGUGUUUUCUGUCACCACAAUUAAGACAGUGAAACAAAUGGAUGAGUUGGUGGACACUGGCACCGAUACUCCAGUCCUGAAACGCUACAGGCUAAAGAUUAUUAGCCUCUCCCAACAGAUUCGGAAUAACAUUGUUGCCUGCUUCAAUCCAGAAUAUAAACGGACGACUUUCAUGCUCAUGGCUGUUUGGUUUACCAUGUCUUUCAGCUAUUACGGUCUGACGGUGUGGUUCCCAGACAUGAUCAAGUACAUCCAGAAGCAGGAAUAUGAAUCACGCACAAUGACCUUCAGUAAGGAACGAGUGGAGCAUAUCACUUUUAACUUCACCCUGGAAAACCAAAUUCAUCUUGAAGGACACUAUUUUAAUGACAAGUUCCUCAACUUGAAGAUGAAGUCAAUGGUGUUUGAAGACUCUGUGUUUGAGGAGUGCUACUUUGAGGACAUCACCUCCACACACACCAUAUUCAGAAACUGCACCUUUGUUGCAAGUUUGUUCUAUAACACAGAUUUGUUUAAAUACCGGAUGGUCAACUGUAAACUGGUCAACAGCACAUUCCUCCACAACAAGGAGGGCUGCAUGCUCGACUUCAGCGAUGAUUUCAACAAUGCCUACAUGAUAUACUUUGUCAACUUCCUUGGCACGUUGGCGGUGUUGCCUGGCAACAUUGUGUCAGCUCUAUUAAUGGACAAAAUUGGGCGUUUAAGGAUGCUGGCGGGAUCCAGUGUCAUAUCUUGUGUCAGCUGUUUCUUCCUGAUGUUCGGCAACAGUGAGUCGGGGAUGAUCGCCCUCUUGUGCCUGUUUGGUGGGAUCAGCAUUGCCUCAUGGAACGCCCUGGAUGUGAUAACAGUGGAGCUCUACCCCUCCGAUAAAAGGACCACAGCGUUUGGCUUCCUGAAUGCCCUCUGUAAACUGGCGGCCGUCUUGGGCAUCAGCAUCUUCCAGUCAUUCGUCGGCAUUACCAAGGCUGUACCCAUCAUAUUUGCCGCUGGCGCGCUCGCUGCAGGUAGUUUCCUUGCAACCAAGUUGCCUGAAACACGAGGCCUAGUGUUGCAGUAAAACAAAAUGACCAACAGUGGGCAGCAGAGCACAGCCAGCGUGUGUGUUCGACAACCAAUGAGCCCGAACAUCCCUGAGAACUUCAGUGCUGCCCGUCACACACACCAACAGAGCUGACUGCCAUCACCAUUGUAAGCCCAGAAUCCUUUGAAAUAUGGAUUGCAUCAUUCAAAGUCUAUACAGCAAUUAAGAGACGAGCACACAGAUGUAGAAAUAAAUACCUGUGUCGUGAUAACACAACUACAACUGAAUGAUAACAAUUUCAGCUGAACUGUUAGGUACAAAAAACAUCUCCAAAGUGUAACAUCCACAGGGUGAUGCAGUAAAAAAAUUGUGGUGUGCAGUAAGGAUAACAUGAUCAUUCCUGGGAGAUUUCUCUCACUAGCCCACAGAUAAUAUCAAAUACAUUUGAGAAGACAGAGAUGUCAAAUGAAGAGACGAGACAGAAAAAAGCCAUUUAUGGGGGAACAUGAACAGAUUUAGUCCAUACAAGCUGUCAGUGUUUGAAUACGACUGCAGUGUUUUUCUUUCUCGUCUGUCCGCAACCUCAGCCACUAGCUUUCAGUCCUGCUUUCUUAUUUGCUGCUUGUACAGUUUACUUCACAUUUCCAUCCAGGCUGAUGCUUGUGCUUUGAGAAUGUUGUUCUUUGAAGAGAUCUCACAAUAUCAUGGUAAAUAUAUUUUCUCUAAAAA